UGCUACAGCAUGAUUUUACCAUAGCUUCACUGACAGAAGAAGUAUUUUUAGAUCUAUCACCUAGUCGGUAGCUGUUAACAGCCUGACUGUGGUAUUUACAGUUCCCAUCUAUUACAUUAAAUACAGCACUGCACAUGAUACACAUUCUGCUCUGGAGAUUUAGGGGCCUGUGGGUACAAUGUAAGAAGCAUACAGCAUACAUCCCCAAUCUUGUCUGAUUGUACUGCAAGCCUAAUAAACAGGAGGGUUAGAAAUGAUUGGUUUCAUCCAAAGCUAGAGCUUGAAAAAUACCUAGCUCAGCGGUGAAGUUCUCUCCCUCCUGUUAGGACUGGGGGAAAUGGAUAUGUUUUGUAUUGCUUAAAGGAUGCAGACUGAGACAGGGUAAGUCAGCAAUAUGCUACUGGUGUGAUUCUGCUGCAGUAAUGUGGUCUCUAAGGGAAGUUGUGCUCGAUGCACGCAGCCCAGCCAGGCUUUCUGUAACCCCAUUGCCUGUCUGACUGCCGCUUCUCCAUGGAGGUUGCACUGUAGCCAUCAGCCAGAGCGCGGCACGCAUGCCCAUCUUUUCUGUCGUUUAGUGGUGUCAACUUAUUAAUUUCCAUCUUCAACUACAGGCCCGUUAGUUUCCUGUCUAAAAGCAUUAUUACUUUUGUCCAUGUGGCAAAAUAAUUAGCAUACAGAUGAGAAGUGAUCCUGUGCCUGAGCUCCGAUAGAAGGAGAAGAUGUGCAGUGAAAAGUUGAUUGGAUGAAUGGAGAACAAAUGGUGGGCGUUCAAAAGCGUUAGAAGAGUUUUGUAGUCAUGGAGCAGGUUUGUGAAUUUCCUGGGCGAAUCUCUUAAGAUGGAAGGAAGGCAGGCAGGAAGGCAGGGGUGGCUGGGGUUGAAAUGAUUGCCUGUCAGUCCGUGGCCUAGUUGAAGGUGCAAAAUUGGACUCCACGCGGGGAUAAUUCAUUUGGACUACUUUUGCUUUGCAAUUCUUCAGCUUUCUAUUUGAUAUCCCCUCCAGUCUCUGAAUACUAUCAUUGAACUCGUUUGCAUAAUGGGACACUGUGUGGAGUGCUUUGGGAAAGUAGAAGACAUGGUUCCUGUCCUCAAGUAACUUACCAUCUAUUUGAGAAGACAAGAGUGUUGCAUAGUGGAUAGAGGGCUGGACUUGGAGUCAGGAAUAUCUGGGUUUCAACCCUGACCCAGAAAUUUACUAGCUGUGUGACCUUGGUGAUGCUAUGUGGGAGCAAACCAUGGAAUGCCACAGUCUUUGAACAAUCAAAAUCGUGGAUGACUGAAGGAACACUGAAGAGACACAGUGGAUAAAAUGUGUUUGGAGAAAAAUUGGUGAAAUCCCAUCUGCUGACCCUUGACAACCUCUGAAAACAAAGUCUGGACCAAGUUGAAUCACCUCACCAAGGGAUUUCAGAGUGACCGCCUCUGGUGAGAAGAGAAAGAUGUAGUUAUCUCAUUCAAUCAAGUUUCAAUCCCUGACAAAUCAUCAUCAGAAUUCAAAGAAGGUUCCAGUUGUUGGUGUAAACAUAUGGAAGUCCAAGAAGCCACAUAAAGAUGAAUAAACUGAGGCACAGGGAGAUUAAGUGACUCCCCCACAGUCACACAGCCGGAGAGGACUAGGAUUAGACCUCAGAGCUCCUGACCCCCAGACCUGUGUCUUUCCCUUUGAGCCACCACGCUGCCUCCCUACUUAAGAGAAAAUACUUUCUGUAAGAUGGAGGUGGAUGCCGACGAGAAACGCCAUCGCACACGCUCCAAAGGGGUUCGAGUUCCCGUGGAACCAGCCAUACAGGAGCUGUUCAGCUGCCCCACUCCUGGCUGUGAUGGUAGCGGUCACGUUAGUGGCAAAUACGCAAGGCACAGAAGUGUUUAUGGCUGCCCUUUGGCUAAAAAAAGAAAAACACAAGAUAAGCAACCUCAAGAACCUGCUCCCAAAAGAAAGCCAUUUGUGGUUAAAACUGACAACUCCUCAGUAGAUGAAUGUUAUGAAACAGAUGGAACUGAGGAAAUGGAUGAGAAAGAAGAAGAGGAAGAGGAGGAGUACUCAGAUGAUAAUGAGGAGCAAGGGGAAGAGGAUGAAGAUGAUGAAGAGAUAGAUCGAGAGGAAGAGGAGGAGAUUGAAGAAGAGGAGGAAGAUGAUGAUGAAGAAGGAGAAGAUGUAGAGGAUGAAGAAGAGGAGGAGGAGGAGGAGGAGGAAGAAGAGGAGGAAGAAGAAGAGCAUGAAGACCAUCAAAUGAAUUGUCACAAUACUCGAAUAAUGCAAGACACAGAAAAAGACGAUAACAAUAAUGACGAGUAUGAUAAUUACGAUGAACUGGUGGCCAAGUCAUUGUUAAAUCUGGGCAAAAUUGCCGAGGAUGCAGCAUACCGAGCCAGGACUGAAUCAGAAAUGAACAGCAAUACAUCCAAUAGUCUUGAAGAUGAUAGUGACAAAAAUGAAAAUAUGGGUCGAAAAACUGAGCUGAGUUUAGAUUUAGACAGUGAUGUUGUUAGGGAAACUGUGGACUCCCUUAAAUUAUUAGCACAAGGACAUGGUGUAGUGCUUUCAGAGAACAUUAAUGACAGAAAUUAUGCAGACAAUAUAUCACAGCAAGAUAACAGAAACAUGAACUUUGUAAUGCUAGGGAAACCUAUGAACAAUGGACUUAUGGAAAAAAUGGUAGAGGAGAGUGAUGAGGAGGUGUGUCUCAGCAGUUUGGAAUGCUUGAGAAACCAAUGUUUUGAUCUUGCUAGAAAACUCAGUGAGACAAACCCACAGGAAAGAAAUCAACAGCAAAACAUGAACAUCCGUCAACAUGUCAGACAAGAAGAUGACUUCCCAGGAAGAACACCGGAUAGGAAUUACUCUGACAUGAUGAACUUAAUGAGGCUUGAAGAACAGUUAAGUCCCAGAUCUAGAACUUUUGCUAGCUGCGCAAAGGAGGAUGGGUGUCAUGAAAGAGAUGAUGACACCACCUCCGUUAAUUCAGACAGGUCUGAAGAAGUAUUUGAUAUGACCAAGGGUAAUUUAACCCUUCUUGAGAAAGCGAUUGCUUUGGAAACUGAAAGAGCAAAAGCCAUGAGGGAAAAAAUGGCAAUGGAAGCUGGCAGAAGGGAUAAUAUGAGGUCAUUUGAAGAGCAGCCUCCAAGACAACUUCCCGGGGAGGAGAGAAAGCCUAAAACCAGUGACAGCCAUGUCAAAAAGCCAUACUAUGGUAAAGAUCCCUCAAGAACAGAAAAGAAAGAGAGCAAGUGUCCAACCCCAGGCUGUGAUGGAACUGGCCACGUAACGGGGCUUUAUCCUCAUCAUCGCAGUUUAUCCGGAUGUCCUCACAAAGAUAGGGUUCCUCCAGAGAUUCUUGCCAUGCAUGAAAAUGUUCUCAAGUGUCCUACACCAGGCUGCACAGGGCGCGGGCACGUAAAUAGCAACAGGAACUCACACCGAAGCCUCUCUGGAUGCCCUAUUGCCGCAGCAGAAAAACUGGCAAAAGCUCAAGAAAAACACCAGAGUUGUGAUGUGUCAAAAUCCAAUCAGGCGUCAGAUCGAGUUUUAAGGCCGAUGUGCUUCGUAAAGCAACUAGAGAUCCCUCAAUAUGGCUACAGAAACAAUGUCCCCACAACCACACCUCGCUCCAACUUGGCCAAGGAACUAGAGAAAUAUUCCAAGACGUCGUUUGAAUAUAACACUUACGACAAUCAUACUUAUGGCAAGAGAGCCAUAGCCCCCAAGGUGCAAACCAGGGAUAUAUCCCCCAAAGGAUAUGAUGCUAAACGGUAUUGCAAGAACUCCAGCCCCACCAGCAGCACAACGAGCAGCUAUGCCCCGAGCAGCAGCAGCAACAUGAGUUGUGGAGGCGGCAGCAGCGCCAGCAGCACCUGCAGCAAGAGCAGCUUUGAUUACACGCACGACAUGGAGGCAGCACACAUGGCCGCCACGGCCAUCCUGAAUCUGUCCACGCGCUGCCGGGAGAUGCCUCAGAACCUCUCCACCAAACCUCAGGACCUCUGUGCCCGGAAUCCUGAUAUGGAAGUUGAUGAAAAUGGAACUUUGGAUCUAAGCAUGAACAAGCAGAGGCAACGCGAUGGGUGCUGUACCAUUUUGACACCUCUGGAACCAAUGUCACCACAGCGACAGGCAGUGAUGAACAAUCGGUGUUUCCAGCUAAAUGAGGGUGAUUGCUGGGACUUGCCAGUAGACUACACCAAAAUGAAACCCAGAAGGAUAGAUGAAGAUGAUUCCAAAGAGAUUAAUCCAGAAGAUUUGGACCCUUUCCAGGAGGCACUAGAAGAAAGAAGGUAUCCUGGUGAAGUGACCAUUCCCAGCCCCAAGCCCAAGUAUCCUCAAUGCAAAGAAAGCAAAAAGGAUUUAAUAACAUGUCCAACACCAGGGUGUGAUGGGAGUGGUCAUGUGACUGGUAAUUACGCCUCACAUAGAAGUCUCUCUGGCUGCCCUUUGGCUGACAAAAGCAUCCGCAGUAUGCUGGCCACCAGUUCACAAGAGCUCAAGUGCCCCACUCCUGGUUGUGAUGGCUCUGGACAUAUUACUGGCAAUUAUGCUUCUCAUCGAAGCCUUUCAGGUUGUCCUAGAGCCAAGAAAAGUGGAAUCAGGAUAGCCCAAAGUAAAGAAGACAAAGAAGACCAAGAGCCCAUUAGAUGUCCAGUUCCUGGUUGUGAUGGUCAGGGUCAUAUAACUGGAAAGUAUGCAUCCCACCGCAGUGCGUCAGGGUGCCCUCUAGCAGCCAAAAGGCAAAAGGAUGGGUACUUAAAUGGCUCCCAGUUCUCUUGGAAGUCAGUGAAGACGGAAGGUAUGUCAUGUCCCACUCCAGGAUGUGAUGGCUCAGGACACGUCAGUGGUAGUUUCCUUACACACCGCAGUCUAUCAGGAUGCCCACGAGCCACAUCAGCCAUGAAGAAAGCAAAGUUGUCAGGAGAACAAAUGCUAACGAUAAAGCAGCGGGCCAGUAAUGGUAUAGAAAAUGAUGAAGAAAUCAAACAGUUAGAUGAAGAAAUCAAGGAGCUAAAUGAAUCCAAUUCCCAGAUGGAAGCUGACAUGAUUAAGCUCAGAACUCAGAUUACCACAAUGGAGAGCAACUUGAAGACGAUAGAAGAGGAGAACAAAGUAAUUGAACAGCAAAAUGAGUCUCUUCUUCAUGAACUGGCUAAUUUAAGCCAGUCUUUAAUUCAUAGUCUAGCUAAUAUCCAGCUGCCACAUAUGGAUCCAAUCAAUGAACAAAAUUUUGAUGCUUACGUGACUACUUUGACGGACAUGUAUACAAAUCAAGAUCGUUAUCAGAGUCCAGAAAAUAAAGCCCUACUGGAAAAUAUAAAGCAGGCUGUGAGAGGAAUUCAGGUCUGAACAGCUGCUGUAGUGAUGAAAAUCUUGCUUAAAAAAAAAAAAGGAUGCCUCUUGUUUUUUGCUGCUGUAACUUACCAGAAAGUGUUAUAUAUUUAUUUCUGUUGGAAACAGUGUUAUGCUUACAAGACUUCAUAAUGAUUUUAUGUCUUGCUUUAAAGAUAGUAACUGCAGACUAGUUUUUUGAAUACAUUCACAUUUUGUACGUUUUCAUAUAAGCUGACAUAGUGUGAUAUGCCAUGUAAUGUUUAUAGCUGCUAAUGUAUGCACAUUUUUGGGGUAUAUAUAUUUCUGAAGAGGUAAGCUGAUCAAAAUAAAUAGAGUGUAAAUUCUUUUUAAUGCUUUAGUGAUUAAAUGUUUUAGUAUUUUGAACUGAAAUGGACGAAAACAGCUUUGAAUGACAAUGUUGCGGCCCUGCAGCCACUUUUUAAACACUAUCAUUUUUCCUCAUGUUGGAGGAUUUUAUGGGAUUUAAGAAAUACAUUUUGUGUGUGUAUUGUUUCAUAGCAAGAAUUGGUUGCAAAAAUGCUUUAUUUUUGAACAAUGCUUGAAAAUAUUAUGUGGUCUUUGUUUUCAGAGGAUGGUGUGUGGUGGGGGCAAUAAAAUGAGGUUUUUUUUGGAUUCCAAGGAAAUGGCAUGGAUUAGAUGUAAGAUACAAGAAAUGGGUGGUUUAUUGUAAGACAACAUCAAGCCAUGGAAACUUGACAGAAGAUUCAAAGCAGCUUAAACAGCACUUUUAAAUUAACUUCUAAGCAUUACAUGGUAUGAAUAUGGAAACUUCCAUUAAGACAGGAACUUUUCAGAGGGGGACAACCUGAAGAUUUCUUUUUAUUUGCAAAAAAUAAAUAAAAUAAAAUAAACAAAAAACAAAAAGCAAACUUCUGGAGCCACACUCUCUUAUCUCCCCUGCAGCAGCAUUCAGUACCCCUCUGAACUGUCGGUAAUUUGCUAUGUUGUUCAUCUUUCAAAAUUUGCGUGUUAUCAAUUUGAGCUACAAGACAAUAAUUUUAAAAUUGCUCUCUCCUUUCCCUUUUUUCUUUUGCCUCUUUCCUUUCUGAAUGAACAUAAAUCCUUAGUGACAACUCUAAUUACUGGAUUGAAUUCGUGGCCAGUUUGGGUAGGAAUGCAGUUCAGUAAGAAUUAUGGGGUGGUUGUUUCCUUCUCUUCUUCCCCCUUUGGCUUUGAAUAAGCACUCACUAUCCCAUUCAUAAGACUUUUUAAAUGAUGCUUCAUGUUCUACCUUUGGUUGGUGAACAGUUGUUCCUAUAGCAUUCACAAUGCUUUGUUUGUUCUAUUAUUAUUCUAACCUAAGAAGGAAUGCAAUCAGAUUUUUAAUGUAAUUAAAUAUACUUGGGCACUUUUUUUUGCUUUCCACUGGAUCAUUGUAAGACUUAUUUGUACCUUCCAGACUUUAUUCUUUCCUUCCCAAUGACUGCACUAUAUGUAUGCAUAAGACCACUUUUUCUUAUAUUUGGCGGGUUAUUAUUUUUUUUCCUUUUAGAGGAGUAAUUCUAAUGAUGUGUUGUGUUUUCAGAUGUUGAACUGAUUUAUGUUUGCUAGCAUAUCUUUUCCUUCCAUGUCUUGAUGUUAUGCAGAAAGUACAAAAGUACUUAAAAAAAUUUUGUUAUUGAAAAAAAAGAUGGGUUUUGUAAAAAAAAAAAUAUUUUUAGCAGAACAGGACUUACAGGGUCAUUGUCCCCACAAUGUGCCAGUUGACUAUUUGCACUUACCUUGUCCUAUAUAUCCAUACGGAGGUGUGCAAUUUCUCGUGUCAUUAGCCUUGUGACACUGGAUCUGAACAAAUUAUAGUGGAGGCCAUGGCGGCCCAUCCAGUAAUAUUGCUAAGGGAGGCUACAGGGAUCUCACAACAAAUAUUCUGAUACAAUACUCAACCUCGGUAUAUAUAUAUAUGUAUAAAUAUAUGUAUAUCCCAGCGGCACUUUAUACUGUUCACUGUACAAAAGCUUACAGUUUUCCACAAGGACUUUAAUAACUAGCUGGGAAAAGAUUAUGUAAUUACUUUGGGGCUCUGCAGUAUCUUCUCUGUACAGCGCCCUCUUUCUGUUGUGCUUCUUAGUUGUAGCUGCCAUGCUCAGAAUUGCCUUUUUGAGAGCUGAAGCAAGGUGCUUGUCGUUCACCUUAUGCCAUAUAUAUUGUACUUUGGCCCUAGCCUCCUUUUAGGGCUUUCAUUGUUCAUAAUGGCAUAUGCAUUUCUCCACUGCAUUGUGUCUGCCGCUUCUUUGCCAAUAUAGUAAUGCUUUUGGUAGAGUAAUAGAUAGUAUCAGUUUUGGAUUCUUAUUGUUAUCACCUAUGUACAAUGGAAAGGGAUUUUAAGCACAAAUCUGCUGCUCAUCUGAUGUUGGUACAUAAUAUCAAAUCAAAAGUUAUCUGUGACUAUUAUAUAGGGAUCACAAAAAAAGUGUCACAUAUUAGAAUGCUGACCUUUCAUAUGGAAUUAUUGUGAGUCAUCAGAGUUUAUUUAUUAUAACUUAUUGUUCAUAUUCAUUUCUAAGUUAAUUUAAGUAAUCAUUUAUUAAGACAGAAUUUUGUAUAAACUAUUUAUUGUGCUCUCUGUGGAACUGAAGUUUGAUUUAUUUUUGUACUACACGGCAUGGAUUUGUUGACAUUUUAAUUUUGCUAUAAAUGUGUGGAAUCACAAGUUGCUGUGAUACUUCAUUUUUAAAUUGUGAACUUUGUACAAAUUUUGUCAUGCUGGAUGUUAACACAUCUUACUCUAAAUAAAAAAAGAAACAAAAACAAAAA